CCAUAUUGGAAACCAGGCUGUCCUUUUGUCCAGGGAGGAAAGGGUUACGCAGGCGGGGCACAGGGAAGCUUCCGGUCCCCGCCAGAGCUUCCGGGAGAGCAAAGGGAGCAGCAGCAGCAGCAGCAGCAGCAACAUUGGGCUUUUGUCUGCUCAAGCAAGCCCUGCCCGCUCCCUUUGCCAUGAAGAAAACCCUACGCAAAAACCAAGGCGAGCGUUACCGCCUGAAAUUCCGGCGCCUGCGCCGUGCGGCCAAACUGCUGGUUUACGAGAACGCAGCUCUGUGCGACGAGAUUGCCAGGCUCGAGGCAAAAUACCUGCGUGUCCGUGAAGAGCGCCGGUUCCUGCUCGCUCGCCUACUGCAAGCGCAAGCCCUGGCGGAAGACGAGCCUCCUUUGCCGGCCACCGCUUCAGCUUCACAGCCCUCGCCGGAUGAGCCGGCUGCCCGCAAGCCCCGCCGAGAACGCAAAGGCAAAGAGAAUGGCCGGGCCUCCAAGCGCAGGGUGGCCCCCGAGCUUGGUGUCCGCCGGCUGGUUCCGCCACUUCCCUUGGAUCCUUCCGGCCGGCCGGUUUUACCCAUUGCGUUGGGUCCGCUGACUGUCUACAGCUUGGGGGAAAUUGUUUCCGACCGCCCAGGCUUCCACACGGAGACGGCCAUCUAUCCCGUCGGCUACUGCAGCACCAGGAUCUUCGCCAGCACCCGCAGACCAGUCCACCGCUGCCUCUACACCUGCCAGAUCAAGGACGGUGGCGGCGGGCCACACUUUGAGAUUGCCCCCGAGGACGAGCCGGGCUGCGUGGUCGCUGGCUCCACUCCCGACGCCUGCCACGCCCAGCUUCUCGAGGCUGUGGGAGCAGCGCAACUCGAGCCGGCAGGGGCCGAGUUCUUUGGCCUCUCCCACCCGGCCAUUCAGCACCUCAUCCAGAGCUGCCCAGGAGCUCGCAAGUGCAGCGGGUACCGCUGGCUGCGCUUUGAGGUGUGCCGCCAAGCGGAUGGCCCCCCUCCUGAGGGGUUGCCCUUGGGAAACCCUGGGACUGACUAUGAGGCUUUCCAAAGCCAAGGCCUGGCGGGACCUGUGGGCCUGGACUUCCCCACCGCCACCCCUUCCCCACCGAGCGGCAAUGGAUAUGCAGAACUUUUUCUGCCCUGUGGUCCCUCAGGAGGCUCCCCCAUCCCCCAAAGCCCAGAGAGUGACACGGACUGAAUUGGGCCAGAAGCCACAGGCCAGAGCCGUCCAUUAUUGCACCCGAGUUUUCUAGUAGCUGCAACUGCGUAGAUGUCAUAAACUGCUAGUUCUAUACAAAGGGUCUGCUUUGAAACUGGUGUUGUCUCUCUUAUUCUUCAUGGGCAUCAGUUUGCAUGGAGACACCCUAACAGGGGUAGCCAGUGUGGUGCCCUGCAGAUGCAGUUGGACUACAGCUCCCAUCAGCCAGAGCUAGUAUGGCCAAUGAUCAGGGAUGAUGGGAAUUGCAGUCUUAACAGCACCCGGAGGGUGCUGUGUUGGCUAUUUCUCCCCUGGAGUAGCCAUGUAUUUACAUUCUCACACACUAUUGAAACAAGUACUUCAAAUGAUUGCUUGUCAAUUUUCUUCUUUCGGUGUUUCUACUUUAAUGAAAAUCACUCUCACUAAUGGUUGGGGGUUUCUCUGGGUUGAGCCAGAGCAGAAUUAGGGCAAUAUUGGCUGAAUCAUGUGGGCACACUUAACUCUCCACAAAGAGACAUUUGCAUCGGAGGACUCAUCAGUGAAACCUGUUUGUAAUAAAGCUUUUGAAAAUUUUCCUCUGCCUGCAGGAAUCUUUGAGAUCAGGUAUGUGAGAACACAGUUCCAUUAAAGGAUUCUCUCUUGUGGACUUCUCGGUCUCCACAAUCUCCCAGGUUUUGGCAUAGCUGCCAAGUUUUCCCUUUUCUCACGAGGAAGCCUAUUCAGCAUAAGGGAAAAUCCCUUUAAAAAAGGGAUAACUUGGCAGCUAUGGGUUUUGGUCAGCUUUUGGUAAUAGUUGGGAGGCCUGGAUUUUUUCAGGGUAGGAAGCAGUGGGUAGUCUCUUAAUGGUACAUAAAGGUAAAGGGACCCCUGACCAUUAGGUCCAGUCGUGACCGACUCUGGGGUUGUGCGCUCAUCUCGCAUUAUUGGCCGAGGGAGCCGGCGUAUAGCUUCCAGGUCAUGUGGCCAGCAUGACAAAGCCGCUUCUGGCAAACCAGAGCAGCACAUGGAAACGCUGUUUACCUUCCCGCUGUAGCGGUUCCUAUUUAUCUACUUGCAUUUUGACGUGCUUUCAAACUGCUAGGUUGGCAGGAGCUGGGACCAAGCAACGGGAGCUCACCCCGUCACAGGGAUUCGAACCGCCGACCUUCUGAUCAGCAAGCCCUAGGCUCAGUGGUUUAACCACAGCGCCACCUGGGUCCCUUAAUGGUACAUACUAUAUAACAAAAACCAGUUUCAGACUAAAAUGGCGGAUACAGCUUCUGCCAAAAAAAAACCCACUGCCAUCCUGAACCAGAGCACAUUGAUGCAGAAAUAUGUUCCCACUCUUUGUAGUAAGUUAUUCUUUGUAGUUUUGCAGGUGUACUGGGAAUUCUGUAGAUUCUUCACAAAAUGACAGUGUAUAGCAUAGAGCUAUCGUGUAAAAGCCACAGUACAUAAACAUGCAGAGACUGAAAGGACAGGUACUUGGAAAGAGACGAAGGAGUUAAUUUUCACAUAGUGAGGCGCUGGUAGACGUCCAGUGAAUUCCACACUCUCACAUACACCCAAUGCAGGCACAGGGAGAUGCUUAAAAUGCAGGUAUCCACCUGUUAAUAUCACACAUUCGUAUGCACAGCCACCAAACAAAUACCAAAAUGGCAGCAGCCUCAUGUGCAGAGAGUAACCCACACCUGCUCUCACAUGCAGCUACAAAGGCAGGUAGGUGUUCAAUUUACAUACAUCAACAAGGGAACACUCGGCAUUCAUACACAAAUAGUUUUGAAGACACAUGUACUAGCUGCCAACAUACUCCCAAACACUCGCUCUCUAGCAUGAAGGAAGUGUAGAGAGAGUGCAUUCAGGCACAAGGCAGAAGUUUCCCUUGGCUAGCUCUCAACUCUUAUGGGGAUCCCUCCUCUGGACACAUAAUGAGAAAACAAGCUUGACCCAGUAUUUGUGGGAGCCUCCAUUGGUGGGGUAAUGGCCAAUCCUCUUACUCAUUU